AUGAUUUAAUAAGGAUGCUUGAAGUUAAAAUGUUAAGAAGUUAACCAUAACGAAGAAAUUGAUUUUAUUUGUUAUUAUGAGUUUUGUACUGGAUUUCGAUUAAAUUGUUUUGAUUGUUUUAAAAAGGGAAUCCAUCAUACUCAUUCUGACGAUGUUAAGAAAGUUAACAGUUUGAUUCCAUUUAUUGAAACUAACAAUUUAGUUUGUGAAAAUUUUAUUGAUGAUCUUAACAAAUACUUAGAAACUCUGAAUCAAUCAUUCUCUUAAUUUACUUAAGGAAUAAGAAAUAAAUAUUCAUUAGUAAAAGAAAGGUUAGUGAAUAUGAAUACUUACUAAAUUAAUGAUUAUUUGAAUUAAACUAUUAAGUUUACUGAAUAUAAAGAAUCAAUUACAAAAAUUGUUAAGGAUUAGAUUAACAAAUUAAAUCAUUCAUUUAAUAAUUUAUAUGAAUAAUUAUAAUUAACUUCCUUUAAUUAUUAUUAAAUUGAUUAGAAUGAUGUUAAAAUACCUGAUGAUCUAUCCAAUUAAGGUAAUGGUGAUAUCAUUUUCUUUUUAGGUGUAAAGUUAUAUUGGGAAAAUAGAUAUAAUGAGGCUUUAGAAUAAUUUGAUGAGUCUAUUUUAAUAAAUCCUAAUAAUAAGGAAUCUUUAUGUUAUAAAGGUUUACAUAAUUAAAUAAUUAAUAGGUUUAUGUUUAAAGAUGUUAGAAAAAUACGAAGAAGCAAUCACUUGGUUGGACAAAGCAAUAGCCGUGGAUCCAAUAGAUUUUUAUUCCUUAAGUAAUAAAGGUAAAUUUCAUAAGCCUGAUAUAAAUAGGUUUAUGUUUAAAGAUGUUAAAUGAAUACGAAGAUGCAAUCAUUUGGUUGGAUAAAGCAUUAGCUAUUGAUUCAUAAGAUGUUGAUUCUUUAUGUAUUAAAGGUAGAUUUCUUCAUCAUAUUAAUAGGUUAAUGCUUAAUGAGCUUAAAUAGAUACGAAGAUGCAAUUAUUUGGUUGGACAAAGCAUUAGCUAUUGAUUCAAAAGAUGUUGAUUCCUUAUGUACUAAAGGUAGAUUUCAUCAUCCUUAUAUAAAUAGGUUAAUGUUUAAGACGGUUGAACUAAUAUGAGUAAACUAAAUAAGUCCUCCAUUAAGCACUCUCGCUCAAUCCUAACCACAUAUAUAGUCUUAAUAGCCUAGGUAUGUGUUGAUUAAUAUUCAGGAAUCUGCUUACAAGAGUAAAAGAAAUAUUCAGAAGCCCUGAUAUAUUAUGAAAAAAGUUUAAACCUAGAAUCAAAUAAUUAAUGGAUCAAAAAUUAAAAGAGUACUUGUGUUUUGUUAAUAUAGUAUUUUGUGAAUAAUAAUUGAAAAAAUGA